GGUCUUCCCUUUCUUUUUCUUUUUCUCUUUUUACGUAGAUAAUGGUUUAACAGAACAUACAACUUGAAAGGCAGCAAAAGCCAAUAAAGGAAAGUAACAUCGCUACUUCACUCAAUGAACACGAGAUAGAAUCAGAACCUAGAAAAUGAAGUCCAAAAGCAGAGUGGCGUGGUGGAUAGGCAACAAAUUGAAUCACAUCGACACGGAGGAGGAGGAGGACGACAAGCAUUUAGUUACUUUAACUAAUCGGUGAAUUUAUUUUAAGCUACCCCUUUUAUACCAUCACCGACAACUUUGUCACCCCUGGUCAUGCGAGCAAGCGUGGUGGUGCCUGUUGUAUGUAAUAAAUCCUUAAAGAAGUACACCAUUGGCCAUCUCAAAAAUCUGAUACCUGGGCUGACAAGUAAACGCCCUAGGGCAGAUUGCGGAAGAGCUUAAACCUAAAAGCAAGAUCUGCAAAGAAAGCACAAACCCAUCUCCAUCGAUGGCUUCCUCCAACUCCAACUCAUCAAAAUGGGAUUACGAUGUGUUCUUGAGUUUUAAGGGUGCAGACACAGGGAAAGGUUUCACAGACCAUUUAUAUUCUGCUUUGGUUCGAGAUGGAAUCCACACGUUUAGAGAUGCUAAUGAGAUCAAUAGUGGUGAAGAAAUUGGACCCGAUUGUCUUCAAGCAAUUGAGAAGUCAAGGUUUUCUGUUGUCAUUCUCUCAAAAGGCUAUGCAUCCUCCACUUCGUGUCUUGAUGAGCUUGUGCACAUCCUCGAAUGUAGAAAAGAAGGAGGCCAUGCUGUUUGGCCUGUCUUUUAUGACAUAGAUCCAUCUGACGUUGAAGAGCUGAAAGGGAGUUUUGAAGAAGCUUUUGCUGAACAUGAAAAGCGUUUCAAGGAUGACAUGGAUAAAGUGCAGAAAUGGAAGGAUGCUCUCAGAGAAGUUGCUUGCCUCAAGGGCCUGGAUCUACAAAAACAUUGGGAUGGGCACGAAGCAAAAAAUAUUGACUAUAUUGUUAAGGAUAUUUCAGACAGACUUGACCGAACAAUCUUGAGUGUCACUACACACCCAGUUGGUUUGCUUUCUCGUGCAAAAGAGGUGAUUUCAUUGCUAGGUGAAAAGCUAGUAGAUGUCCGUAUAGUUGGGAUAUAUGGGAUGGGGGGUAUAGGCAAAACGACUGUUGCCAAGAAGGUUUACAAUUUAGUCUUCCAUGAAUUUGAAGGUAGCUGCUUCCUUGAAAAUGUUAGAAAAGAAUCAAUUUCCAAGGGCAUAGCCUACUUACAGAGGCAACUUCUCUCGGAGACCUUGAAAAGAAAACAUGAAAAGAUAGACAACAUUAGUAGAGGAUUGAACGUGAUAAGAGACAGGCUGCGUCGGAAGCGCAUUUUCAUUGUUCUGGAUGACAUUGAUGAACUGGAACAGCUGAAUAAGAUUAUUGGAAAUUUCGAAUGGCUUUUUCCAGGAAGCAGGGUGAUAAUAACAACUAGAAUCAAGGAUCUGCUACAACCAUCAGAGUUGUAUCUACAAUACGAGGUCAAGGAAUUGAAUAACGAUGACUCUCUCCAGCUCCUACGUUUACAUGCCUUUAAUGAACACCAUCCCGUUGAUAAUUACAUGGAUUGCAUGAGAAGAAUUGUAUCUUAUGUUAGAGGAAUUCCUCUAGCUCUUGAAGUCUUGGGCUCUUCUUUGUGCGGCCAAUCCAUCAAUGUAUGGAAUAGCAAGUUGGAAAAGCUGAAAGUGAUUGGCAACGGAGACAUCCACAACAAACUUAAAAUAAGUUAUGAUUCUCUUGAUGAUACUGAGAAAUUUAUAUUUCUAGAUAUUGCAUGUUUCUUCAUUGGAUAUAACAAGGAUUACAUCAUGAGCAUACUUGAAGAUUGUGGUUUCUUCCCUGCUGAUGGAAUUAAUACUCUCAUGAGGAGGUGCCUUUUAAAAGUUGGACCUGAUAAUAAGUUAUCGAUGCAUGAUUUGCUCAGGGACAUGGGAAGAGAGAUCGUUCGCCAAGAGUCUUCUACAGAUCCCGGGGAACGUAGCAGACUGUGGCGCCAAGAAGAUGUCAUUGAUGUAAUAACCGACCGAAUGGGUACAAAAGCAGUUGAAGGCCUCAUUCUAAACCUGCCAGGAUUAAAACAGUCGUUUAGUACCGAGGCAUUCAAAAAGAUGAAAAAGCUACGACUGCUGCAACUCAAUUGCAUAUGCCUUGAAGGAAGCUAUGAAUAUAUUUCCACUAAAUUAAGGUGGCUGUGCUGGCUCGAAUUCCCUUUGAAAUCAAUACCACCUGAUCUUUAUUUGGAAACUUUGAUUGCUCUAGAUAUGCGCUAUAGCAGUCUACACCAGUUUUCGGAGGAAACAAAGUCUCUUAAAAAGCUGAAAUUCCUCAACCUUAGCCACUCCCAUGAGCUCACCAAGACUCCUAACUUCGAAGGCUUACCUUGUCUUGAAAAAUUGAUACUUAAAGAUUGCGUUAGUUUGGUAGAGGUUCAUGACUCCAUUGGAAUUCUUGGUCGUCUUCUUUUUCUGAAUUUCAAAAAUUGCAAGAGCCUUAAAACUCUUCCCGGGAGCAUCUGUGCUCUAAGUUCACUUAAGAAGCUAAAUGUGUCAGGUUGCUUGAAACUUGAGGGAUUGCCUGAAGAUUUGGGGAGUUUGAAAUCCUUGGUUUUUCUUCUUGCUGAUGGAACUGCAAUAAGUUCUAUUCCAGAAACCAUUGGAAAUCUAGAAAAACUUAAAAUAUUGUCUUUUCAUGAUUGUCAUCUUAUCUUUUCCCCAAGAAAAUUUCCACAAACAAUGAACAUUUUCCCAACUUCUUUACAAGAACUAGAUCUCAGACACUGCAACUUAUCUGAUUCCAUGAUUCCGCAUGAUUUUCGAGGCUUAUUCCUUCUGCAAACUUUGAAAUUAUGCGGGAACAACUUUACAAGGUUACCAGCUAGCAUUGGAAACCUUCCUAUGCUUACAAAACUUUGGCUAAACAACUGCAAAAGACUGGAGUGCAUCCCAGAGCUUCAGUCAAGCUUGGAAACAUUCCAUGCAAAUGAUUGCCCUAGGCUGCAAUACAUUAACAUGAAAUUCUGGCGAGGAGGAGAGCUGAAAUUGCAUGGUUGCCGAAACUUAAAAUGCGUGCAGGGAUUUUUCAACUUGGAACCCUUAGGAGUGGACGUUGUGGAAAACAUUCUGGGAACUUGUGGCUUGGUCACGGAAAAACCUUUCCCAGCUGUUGAAGUGCAUAUAAUUAAUAAUCUGACAAGAACUGCUAUAAUUAGCCCUCUACAGGCUCUUUGUGAAAAAUCUAUUUACAGCAUCUUUUUACCAGUGAAGGAUAUUCCAGCAUGGUUCAGCCAUCAGAAUGAAGGAGACACAGUAUCCUUGCAAGUGCCCGCACUUGAUCGUGAUUGUAAAGUAACAGGAUUUCUUAUAUCGGUAGUUUAUGCAUGGGAAGAUUCCCUUGAAUCCUGCUAUUUAUCCCCUAACAUUACAGUUAUUAACAGAACAAGAAAUUUUGACUGGAUGUAUGACCCACGAGUCACCUUCUUUCCAUGUGAAGUCCAACAGGAUAUGAUGUGGCUGAGCUGUUGGUUGUUUGAGAAUGAAAUAAAAGAGAAAGGCAUAGUAGAUAUGAGCUGGAGAUUUCAGGAUGAGGUGGAAGAAGGGGAUCAACUCGAUGUCUGGAUUGACAUGGGUUUUGGAAUUGUCGUGAAAAGGUGUGGCAUCCACUUGCUUUACCAUCACAACGACUUACAGGGUUCCCCGUCAAAUGAUAUACUAGCUGCUAUUUCACAUGCUUGCUUUUCAAGACACCAUGGGAGGUUUAUGAUGUCAAGUCGUCUGUGGUUGACAUUCAAUCGCAAGUGCCAUGAAGUGACACUUACUCGAAAGUGGUAUGAUGUACAAAGUUUCAAGAGAUGGUCAAAUAAAAGGGAGCAAAGGGUGAACGACCUACCUGAUUUUUAUCGAUGAAAGAAUUUAAACAAAAUGAUGGUGCCCUCUGCAUUGCCCUACAAGAUUCUGAACUCCAACCAGAAGCCGUGUAAUCACUUCGACAAAACUGAAGAAUUUGCAGCCAUACUCUUUUAGAAAAUAUACACGUGAAAACGAGGUGAUUCCUAUCUUCACCAUCUACUUUACACAGGACACGAAUAGGAUUGACGACCCUUCCCAUUUUAAUCUUCCUUUCUCUUCGCAGUUAAAUCUGUCCAAAAUAGCUGGCCAAAACAUGAAGCUGUGUUUUGGAAUAUGUGAGGCUUCCGGAUCAACUGAAACCAAGCCACUCUGUUCCCCCUUUUCCUGAUCUAAUCCCAAGAAAUUUUGACUGGAAAUUGCCCGUCGAUGGUGAGCUUCCAAGUGACACUACCAUUUUGUACACAAGUACGAUAUAGAAUACCACCCAUAGCAUGCUGAAUAGCUUUCAUAGUAUCUUAUCUGGCAAAAGCCAUUUCCAUUCACCACCUGUGAAAGCUUUGUUGUUGAAGGCAACCCAGACUCAAAAAAGAUCAUGUGGCCAUAUUUUUUAACCGAAGGUCCCACCAGAGAAAGAUAUGCUCUCCGUUGCCCACUACAUGCUCAAUUUGAUCCCAAAUUACAGUUCUCAAUUUUAGCAAUUUUCUCCAAGUCCAUGAACAAUCAUUUGAAAGAGCUUGAUUCAAAUUGGGCAUCAUAGGAUAUAAACCUCGCAACUGUUGUGCUAUGUUGCGUUCCAUUAGAGACGUGAGAGUAUAACCCAAGUUGGAAGUCGAUCCACAAUAAGCUGUUGCUCUCUAAGCUGAGCGAAGGAAUUCAUUCGUUGGUUCAAGGGAGAUCAGUUCGGUUCUUAUAAAAAGGAGUUGUGCUUCGCUUGUAAAGAGAAGCAAAUCUCAUUUAGUUUCUAGUUUUUUAGAAUAGAAUAUUUUGUUGAUUUCUUGAGUUGUUUGUCUUGCUUAACCAUGCUCAGUUCCGUGGUUGUAGUUGCAAUCUACUUCAGCUACUCCUUGCUUCUCAUCGAUGCCGCUCUAUAUUUGCUAUCCAUGUUAAUCCUCUGACAGCAAAAACCUGAGGUUAUCUACCAUCUGCACAAACAUCAGUAUCAACGCCAAAAAUGUUACAAGGAUAGAAAGACAUGCAUUCCACAUAGCAAUACAAGUUCAUUUAUGAAUAAAGUCAUACACUGAAAUCAAAAAACCCCACCUGAGCAAAACAAUGUUCCACUGGAUAUAACAGCAUCAAGCUGGAGGUUGACUAUCAGGGGGGGCAGAACCUAUCAAGCUUCCAGCAGGAAGUCGAGAAUCAUCAUCUUUAACUAUGUACACAUUUUGUAGAAAGUCAACCCUUUAUUGACACGGUGUCUAGUUCCAGGCUCCUUGUACAGUUAUCUUUUGGGUUUCCAGUGGGCUUUGCCUCCUUUUUCUCCCAUACUGGAGCCACUUUUAAUGAACUCAGAUUAAAACAAAAACAAAGACAUUAUUGACACAUUUUGUUUUAUAUUUAUCUGCUUUUCACCUCUUGCAGGUGACAACUCAAGUUUCAUCCAGUUAUAACCUAAAUUCAACCAGUCAAAACUAACAUUAACAAUAAGCAUGGAAACCAGAGGCGGACAAUUCACAGGAUUCCUCAGGUUAGAAAAUCCUGGGCGUAAACAUUGCCUGUUGAAAUCAAUAAAGACAAUUAAUAUCCCACUACAGUAUCAUUUAGAAAAAUGAACGAAGAAGCGCUCUAAUUCUGUCACUCUAGACAUUUAGCAUCCCAUUCUAAGUAAAAACUUGGCCUCUCUAGUACAAUUCACACUUAACCAAGUAGAAGCUGAAAAUAUUGCGACCGAGAAAAACAUCAUAAUAUUUUUUGAUAUACUGCAAAUAGAUGAUGUUUCAACUACAACAAUAAAGAAAAACAAAAUACACUCAAUUUCCUUAAAGGACUCCGGGAAAAUCCAAAA